AUGACAAAUUUAAUUUAAAAAUUUUUUAAAAAAUUUGAUAUUUUUGGAAGUGAAGUAGGUUUAAAUUUUCAACGAAGUAAUGUCUUCUAAACCUAAUUUGGUGCCAUAAUAUCAUUUUUAUUCUUAGCACUAAUGAUGAUAUUUUUUUGGAACAAUUUAAUCUAAUUUUUCAUAAAAGAUACUGUUACAGUAACUGUCGAUAAUUCAUUUAAUCAAAACCCAGAGCCCAUAGAAUUAACAAAAAAAAAUUUUAUGUUCGCAAUUCGAGUAAUACAUGAAGAGUUUAUGACAAAUCCAUAUUUUAACAUAAGUUUUAUUGCAAAGCAUACAGAAUAUAAAGAAAACGGAGACGAAAAAAAAAAUGAAUUAUUUGAACUGCCAUUAGAACCUUGUACAAAAGAACAUUGGAUAAAUUUACCUAGUUAUAAUUAUAGUUGGGCAGAUGCAUUCGAAAGUAAAGGAUUAAAUAGGUAUUUAUGUCCUUUAUUAAAUUAAAAUUUCGUAAUUGGAGGAGCUUGGGGCUUUGAGAAUUAUGAUUAAUUAAUUUUAAAAAUAAAUUAAUGUAAAACAACAAAUUUCACAACGGAAAAAUGGAAACCAAUAUGUAAAAGUGAGGAGGAAUAUUAGAAAUUUAUCUAAGAAGGAUAAGAUAUUGAAAUCGAGCUUUUUCUUCCUGGGUAUGCUGUAAGUGGAAAUAAGCCUAGUAAUUAUAUUAACGGCUAUUUAAAUACAGCGGAUAUAUAUUAUUUUUUAUAGCCUUCAAAAUAGAGGAAAAUAGUGGAUAUUUUUCUUUCGUAUUUUAAUAUAAUGACUGAUGAGAGUCUUUUACCAUUUCAGGAAAUAAAAUAAGAGGGGUUUCCUUUUUUUGAAGUUGGGGGAUUUAGGGAGUAGAACUUUUUGGGAGAUUAUGAGAAUUUUUUGGAAAUUUAUAUUAGUAGAAGUUAUCUUACGUAAAAUAUGUCGAGGAGAUUUUAGAAAGCGGACGAAAUUAUUGCUUAUGUAGGAGGAUUUGCGCAAGCAUUUUUAAUUUUUUCGGCUUUUUUGGUAAGCUAUUAUAAUUAGUAUAUUUAUACAAUUGAAUUAGCGAAUAAAUUAUAUGAUUUUUAAAACGAAGAUGAUGAUAAUUAAAAUAAAGUUAAAUAGAGAAAAUAAAAUCAUUCAGGGUUUUUUUAAAAAUUAAAAAAUUUCAAUAAUAACAAAAGUAAAGAUAAAAUUUAGAGUAAAAAAUCUAGCUCUUCUCAGGAUUCAUCUAUAGAAAAAUAAAAGGAAAAUAAAUAAAUAAAAAGUAUGUCUUUCAAUAAAAUCCAACAAAUGUAAAUACGUAAAUAAAAAUAUUAAAGUAAUUUUUCUUUAGAAAAGCAAAUUAAGGUUAUAAAUAAAGAUAAUCCUAUUGAGACAAAAAACUUUAUUUUAUCGCCUUAGAAAAUAAUUGAUUAGAAAAGAUUUAACUUUUGUUUGGAUUAAAAUACUUUUAAACUAUCUUAAUAGUUAAGAACUUCUUAAAAUGUAAAUACUUAAUAAGAAGAUGAGAUUUAAACUGAAAUCAAAAAUAAUUAAAAUUAAUAAUUCGAAAUAAACAAUAAUAUAUUCACCAAAAUACUGGAGGAAAAAGAUUAAGAAUAGAGAAAAAAAUUCCUUUCAAAAGAAUUCGAAUAUAUAAUAAAAAGAGAUAGAUAAAUAAAAAUGACUUAUGAGUAUUUUGUACAUAAAAUGUCCUGUGGUAAACUAUGUAAAACAAGAAAAGUCUAACUUAUUGAAAAAGCAUAAGAAUAAAUUGAAAAAGAUUUAGAUAUUUUUCAUAUUUUGGAUAAAGUAAAAGAAGUAGAAAAAUUAAAAAGGCUUUUUUUAGAUAAAGAGUAACUUAUAUUAUUUAAUUUUUUCCCUAAACCUAUUAUUGAUAUUAAUAAAGGAUCAAAAAAAAGGAAUUCAAAAUAAACUAAUGAUAAAAAAUUUAGAAUAAAUAAAUAUAUGAAAGGAUAAUUUAGAUAAUUACCAAUUACUUUAAUGAAAGCGGCUUCAAGAUUUAAAUAGUCAUUAACCAAAAAUAAUAAAUAGUAAAAAAAACUAUAGGUUUUCUAAAAAUUAUAUUAAGCAUAUGAUUAAAUUUGCUAGUAAAAAGAUAGUAAUUUAAAUUAAAAAUUAAUAGACUUUUUAGGACAUGAAAUGAAAAAUAUAUUCGAGAAAUCUAAAUUGAUAAAUUUUAAACAUAGAGCAUUAUUUGGUGUAAAAAAGUAAACCUAAAUUAUAAGUAAUAAAAAUAAUUAUAUUAAUAAAACUAGUGUUGAUUUAAAAUUUGAAGAUUGA